AUGCAUGAGCAUAUCCGAGUGUAUAAAGAUCCUUUACACACUACGAGUCUUUUGGAUCAUGCUCUUUCAACACGCAUGGAUUCGCCGAACAAUCGGUAUCCUUUCGAAGUCACCUAUCCGAUAACUCCUCUAAUUGACGCCUCUACGCGGGAAGUAACGCCCCAACCAGGACACCGUUUUCUAGCUGGUAACCAACCAUAUUCAAUGGAGUCCUUUCCUGGAUUCUCCGUAUUUGGUCAACCUUCCUCCUCCGCUACAACUGCUAUCGCUUCUGCGCCGAUGAUACCAUCUAGUGAGGAACACACUUCACGGAAGUUUAAGCCUAGUAACUUGGAAUCUCACACACAGUCUCCGCUUUCGGGCACCCUCAGUGCAAUGAAUUCCACCAUUACAAACAGUUCAUACCGAAGUUCCAGUCAGAUCCGUCUUCACUGCAAUCUUGGGGCAAAGGAUCGACGUCCGUGUGAUAUCUGCGGAGACAUUUCGGCCGGGUUUCAUUGUAAUGCCUAUGUGUGCGAGGCAUGUAAGAAAUUUUUUAUCCGUAGCUCCAAAGGAGACAAUUUUAGCAAAUACACAUGUACCAAAUCGAACGUGUGUGAGAUCAACAAAGACACACGAACACACUGCCAGCGAUGUCGGUAUCAGAAAUGUCUCCGUCUCGGCAUGGUCUUGCCAGGCGCAGCUGUGUUUCCCGCAACAGAUAUAUCAGAAAUUCCGUGUCGUGUGUGCGGAGCGAAGUCGUCAGGCUUCCAUUUUGGAGCGAUCACUUGCGAAGGUUGCAAGGGAUUCUUCAGGCGAACUAUCAAUGAGCGAGAAGGCCAACGUUACACAUGCCGUAAUGGAGGUAACUGCACAGUGACCGGAGCCACCAGGAACAAUUGCAAAAGUUGCAGAUAUCGCCGAUGUCUAGCAGUUGGAAUGUCAAAGGAUGGCAGUCGAAUAGGACGUCAACCGAACGCUGUCAAACACAGAUGUGCCAUCGAGAUUGAACAAAUUCGCUCAGCUGUGGCUGCGUGCUCAUCCCCCUAUUCAAAGUCCUCCUCAAAAUCCUAUCUCUCGAACUCCUUGUCUACUUCCCAUGGAUAUACGCAGAUAUGUAUUGGGCAAGACAGUGGAUUAUGUAGAGGUGAUGAAUACGGAACCCACAAGAAUAGUUCUCUUUCUAACCCGUACGCCAUCCUCAAUAGCCCCACGGUACCCAAUGUAAACGUUAUACGACUCCGGUCGUCUCACACUGACUAUCAGCCAAGCGGGCAGAUCGGACAAGCGUUGUACGGUCAUGAUUCUACUGGAUCCAGUACCCUUACAUUGCCACAACACUCAAGGUAUGCUCCCAGUCAAACAACUUGUGGAGGGGUAACCGAUAGACCAGGAACUCCAUUUUCACAAGGUUUGAAUGCGUCCAAAACCUUUGUAUUACCAUCGUAUAGUGGGCAGAGGGGAGCGGAACCCGCGAUCACUGGUAUGCACACAGGGUGUCUAUCAGAUUCACGCAGGGAUCCUUUAAGGAUGGACGUCCUAUCCAAACGGGAGCAAAGAGGGCCGGAAGUCUCCAUAGAAAAGUUGAUGAUGCAUGAUUCCGAGCUUCUGUCUCCUGACGGUCUCAUGAUGCAGUCGCUGAGCCAAACUACGCUCCAUUAUGAUCAAAUUAAGUAUGACCCUGAUUUAACAGAAUUGCGAACUAGACUAUCCCAUUCAGGUGAAACAAAGCUAAAUGAGUCGGUUCUGAGCAUAGCCUCCCCAGGAAUGAAACAGUCCACUAUUGGGAUCCUACAAUUAGCCCAGGCUUCUCGGUCAUACGGUCAAAGGGAGGGACAAGAAUAUGCGAGACAUGCCUUAAGAACACAAACAGAAUUUGAAAGUUCCGCAAUCCAACUCGCUCUACAUUCCGGUCGUAGCUCGACGGAAGAGGGGAAAUGCCAGCAACACUCAGGUCGUUCAUAUGCAUAUGACGGCGAUACUGCCAAUGCGAUGGUGAAAACAGAAAAUCAUCUUAAUUUUGUUCAAGUUGCUGCUUCUUGGCAAAAUGCUAAACUCCUAGACCACUUGCUACCAGGUGACACCAUCGACGACGGAGUACUGAUAAACGGCCGAUAUCAUAAUUAUGCAGCCGUCGAACAAGGCACUUCGGGGUACGCUGAGAUCACAGCGACCGAGACAAAGGAGGAUGAAUCCAACGGGUCACUUGAUUCAGAACUGCAGAAUCACCAGAAAUUUUUAGCCUCCAAAGAGUAUGCAACCGACAGACGGAGGUCGGUACACUCUGAUAACAUGCUGAAACCUGAGCCAGUGGAUAGCAAUCUCACACUGACGCGUGCACAAGCCAUGCGCUCUCAGCUAACCACUUGGGCCUCAACCGGUCACUCGACGGAGGGGCGCAGUACACCGGUGUUAUCAGCAAGCGCACCAAUCGUGAAGCCGAAAACGACCGAAGACAAAAGUUUGCGGACGUCGGUAUCCACUCCUUCUCCACCAACAGUGGAUUCUAGUAGCCGUUUGGUUGUUGUUGAAACUGACGACCAGGAUGACCGUGCAUUUGAUCAGUUGACCUAUAUUCGCAAUGGGGUGCAAGUGUACACUCAACCGAGUGAUGAUGGACCAACUGCGGCUUCGUGUAUCUUCGACCAAGUUGGCUGUGAGCCGUGUGGCAGAACAGCCAAAUUUCACAAUUUGCGUAACACCGCGCCAAGCACAAGUAUGCAUGCUUACAUAUCCCCAUCCAAAGCUUUUCUAAACCGGUACACUGCAGCAUUCCAGACAGGAAACAGGGAGCGAUCUAUGAGUAUGGGUGAUGAGACGUCGUGCGGCACGGUUUCUCCUGGAGUGCAGGUCGACCAAUGCGGACCAAAUGAGCGAACUACCGAGCAGCAACAUCCGUCCAGUUUGCGCCAGCAAAGCAUCCGAAGCGCCGAAACACCCACAUGCGAUCAGCACCGUCAAGCGGGCACGACACUCAAGGACAACGGGAAACAUAAAUCAAAGGAGUACGAAUGGCCCUGGACGUUUCACACGAACGGAAAAUCCACCAAUGAUAAGAAAUCAUUUUUUAUGUUCCCAGACGUUCCAUCCCUUAUUGGGAUGCGACAGAGCUCUCAGGAAGGGAAUCUAGGCCCAAUUGGUACAAUUCAUCGUUCAGCUCAUCAAGCAAGUGAUAGUGGGCUUUAUGAGCACCGAACAGGUAGAUCAUCGCCUGACGCAAUGCGAACAGUAGCAAUGACCAACUUGGACAGAAGAUCAAAUGACAACCCUCAACGUGAACAAUCUAUGGUCGAUACGUGGAUUUCACAUGGUCUACCUCGUUCGCAACCGGAAAACUCGCCGUAUGGUGCAAACACUGUCUCGUCAUACUGUCAUCGUUCCCCAUCUUCGUCGCAGCGCGGAACAAGCCCAGCAUCAACGGAUCUGACAAGGUCAACAUCAGCCGACGCGUCCACGAGAGUAGACUUAGACACAGAGGCAUCUGACCGUCUUGCGACCGACCGAUUGAUUCCAUCGAUGAGCGAGUCUAAUUGUCUUCGGAAUCCAAAAGUGAGCAGAGUAUUGAACUCCCGUGUUAUCUCAACUUGUCAACUGGAUCUAACUUCCUCUUCAACCCUGGAACCAGAUUUGGCGUGUUUCCGUGAUUCUUCUACUCCCGUGCCGAAGCUUUCUUCAGCUUUGGGACCGGACAGGAGGAAAUUCGUUCUACCUAGAUUUUUGACACCAAAUGGGGCAGCUGAAUGUGUCAGCUGCACAAAUGAGAAAAAAGGAGUCACGUGUAUUACCGAUCUAGACACGACGCAAAUGUGCUGUCAGCUCGAUUCACAGCCCACAUCGGAAACGGUAACUGACGCCUUGUACACUCAUUUAGCGUCACGAGGUGUUAUCUCACUGGAACACUUCACCGAUCGCAUUUUGAAAGCAGCGGAAUACUUGGGCCGAUGCAAACCUCAAGUGAGUUACAACAUAGUUUCCGUUGCUGUAGUUGUGUAG